AUGAACACAAGCUACUUGCGGCGAUUACGAGCUUCUGGAGCUCUAAAAGCCAUACUUACUGAUCGAGCGAGCAGCCGUCAGUGCAAAAAACUAGUCGUAGAUUAUUCUAGUCCGAAUAUUGCAAAGCAGUUUCAUAUAGGGAAUCUUCGAUCGACAUUAAUUGGUAGAUAUAUAGACAAGGUUCAUCGUGCUAUUGGUGAUGAUGUCACCACAGUGAAUUAUCUCGGCGAUUGGGGGACGCAGUUCGCAAUGAUAGCUACAUAUUGGCCGCAUGUGAGGCCAUCCGAUUCAUUUUGGAAUUCUUGUAAUGAUGUGGAUAAAAUUCGAGCUCUGACAGAUUGCUAUGUUGUUGCAAACAAAAAGGGAAAAGUGGACGAGAAUUUUCGGGAGAAGGUCCGCGAAACAUACGCAGAAAUGGAGAAUUGCAUUAUGUCGUAUGUUUUUCUAUAUGUUCGAAUUCCGUGGAAAUAUACAAAACUGAGUCGUUAUAGCGGAGACUUGUCCUCUCCAACAAUGCAGCUGUGGCGGGAUAUUCGAGAGCUUUCCGAACGGCAUUUGAAUCAUUUCUAUUCUAUGUUGAAUAUUGAGUUUGAUAGGUGGCAGCACGAAUCUUCUUAUGUGAAAGCCGCUCGUAGUUUGGUAGCUGAUAUGGUGAAGGAUAAGAUUGCCCGUCCAACUGGCAACGGAUUGUGGGUUGUGGAUCUUCCUGGUGGGGAACUUGAGGAUUAUGCGAUUUUAAGGAAGAGCGACUCCACUACAAUAUAUUUGUCCAGGGAAUUGGCAUGUAUCCUGGAGCGAGAUAAGCUUUUUGAAGCUGAUCAGUAUUUGUAUGUUGUCGAUCGAGCACAACGGAAGCAUUUUGAAGCGCUCAAAGUGAUCCUGAGUCGUAUAGGAAAGGAGGCUCUCGCGGAGAAAAUUGUACAUGUGCCUUACGGACGAGUGAAAGGAUUGUCAACAAGAUCACCCAAUGAUGAUCCGAGCAGUGGCGGGAUGGGUCGAACGGAGGCAGUUGGAGACAUCAUCAAUCGUGGUACAGAGCUAGCACUUCAGUUCAUGAAGGAGUCCAAGACCGUCAAGGUGCCACAUGAGAAAGAGGAUCAAGUGGCACGUCAGCUCUCCAUAUCGACAGUGGUAUUCAAUGAUUUAAAGCGGGCCAAGUCUGCUGAGUACGAGUUUUCGUUCAAGAAUGCAUUCGAUCUCAAUCACAACAAUGCGCUACUGCUCCAAUCCAAAGCAUUAACAACGAGUUUUUAUGUCAAACAUAGUCGCCUGUGUUCUAUCGAAGAAAACAAUGCUGAAAUCUUGCCCUUGUUGGACAACUGCGACUCAAUUCCUAUUGAGACACCGGAAUUUGCAAAAUUAGCGAGUCAACUUGAAAAGUUCCCAGAUGUGAUAGUAGAUAGCGCUCAAAACUUUGAACCUUGUCAGUUGAUCGUGUAUCUCAUCGAAUUGUCUCAUCACAUCGGCAGUGUAAUAACCCAAGCAAAAGUCAAGGGACAGCCACUAGACGUUGCUGUGCCUCGACUGCUCUUGUUGUCAGCUAGUCGGGUGGCACUUCGUGAAGGCAUUUCCCUCCUUGGGGCUCCACCCGUGAUUUCAAUGUGA